GUCCAGUCCAUCAUCAGAUAGAUAAGAACGAAACUCCUUACAUGCUGAAACGCCCCCCUGCCUGUAUAUGUGUCUCUCUCUCUGUAGUGAAGCUUUAGAUGACAGAGAGCUCACAGAGAAGUGAGAGAGCUCACAAGACCAGAAGGAGUCUGCGUGUGUGCGUAGUGUUUUACUGAAUUAAAAAUGAAGAUUAAGAGUCAAAGGAAGUCCAGCUCAGUGUGGCUGCUCAGUAUGCAGUCAGUUCUACACGGCAGCUGGGCUUCUGCUGACUUUGAUCUAGCUCAGAUCAGAUUGAUCGUGUAUCAGGAUUGUGAAAGAAGAGGUCGGCAGGUUCUCUUUGACUCUAAAGCUAUACGGAAGCUGGACCCAUCAGAACCGAGUGCAGAGGAGACGAAAGCCACACCUACCCGAAGUGGCGCAUGCCAGAUCAGCAGCAAGGCCAGCCAGAAAGAGACUCCGCCUACAUAUCAGUACACAAGACCAGCUUCAGACGUGAAUAUGCUUGGGGAGAUGAUGUUUGGCUCAGUUGCCAUGAGUUACAAGGGUUCAACAUUGAAGAUUCACCAUAUCCGGUCUCCCCCUCAGCUGAUGGUCAGUAAAGUUUUCUCCACGCGAUACGGCAGUAGCAACACAGGAAGCACCAACACUCUGCAGGACAGUUUUGAGUCAUUUAGCCAGACUUGCCCAAGUCACACCAGUAGCAUAGUUCACAGUAAUCCUGUGGACAUGCCAGGCAGAGGACACAGUGAGGACGGGGACAGUGGCAUCGCCCGUUCAGCGUCAUUAAGCAGCCUGCUGGCCACACCCCUUGCCUCACCUGGCUCCUCCUCUGGCAGUGGCUGUGCCAGCAGUUACCAACGGCGAUGGCUCCGUAGCCAAGCAACCAGCCUACAACACGGCCCCAUCCCUCGCUGGAGCACAGAGGAGAUGUUCAGUCUGUCUGAUGAAAGCUGCAGCUCCAACCCAGCAAUGGCUCGGAGGAAGAAGAUCGCCGUCAGCAUCAUCAUCAGCCUGCCUGAGAAGGAGGAGGAGAGCCACAGCUUCCAAGAGUUCUUCUUCUCUCACUUCCCUUUGUUCGAGUCCCACAUGAACAAGCUCAAGACCGCCAUCGAGAGGGCGAUGAUUGUGUGCAGGAGGGUAGCAGAGGCUAGUCAGCGAGUGCAGGUGUAUCUGUGUCGAGUUAUGGAGGCACUGGGAGAGUUCAGGAUGACCGUAUGGAAUCUGUACAUGGCUCCGCGGAUCACUGAGCCAGUUUGGUUGACCAUGGUAUCCCAGAGUGCCGAGCGAAACCAGCUGUGUCAGCGCUUCCUGAAGGAGAUGAGCUUGCUCAUGGAGCAUGGGGCCAAGAACCAGUUCCUCUCUGCACUACUUACUGCUGUCCUCAUGUACCACUUAGCCUGGGUUCCCACAGUGAUGCCUAGCAACCACCUGCCAAUCAAACCCGUCUGCCAGAAACAUGCCUCCCACACUGUGGACCUUCUGGCCAAGUCUCACCCCUACAACCCACUGUGGGCUCAGCUAGGUGAUCUGUACGGUGCAUUGGGUUCUCCUGUGCGAGUAUGUCGGACAGUGGUGGUGGGACGUAGGAGAGAGCUGGUGCAGCGCGUCCUCUACGUCCUCUCCUACUUCAUCCGCUGCUCUGACUUACAGGAGAACACACAGCCUCCAGGACACACGGACAGUCCAGCCAACCCCUGUCCACCUCAAACCACUAAGCCCACCCCCUUAUGUGAAAGGACCAAUGAGAAACCACUCACACCUGAGUCAGAGCUUACAAAGCCAGCCCUCUUUCCUGAAAGGACCAAUGAAAAAACACUAAGAGCUGACUUUCUUGGUACAAGCCCUGCUCCAGUUUCAGAAAGGACCAGUGAAAAAGGCCCAGUCUCAGAGUCAGCUGAGCCCUCCCCCUUUCCUGAAAUGACCAAUGAGAGGCUGGAGUGUGGAGAGGUUGGGCAGGACUGUUUUGGGGACAGUAAUGACUCUGUGGGGGCAGGGUUAGAGCACAUUUUAGCCAGUCAGAGCCCUCCAGUACAGCGAGUACAGUUUACCAUCGGCAGCCCUAGGGAGGCGGAGCAUGAUGAACGACGGUGUGGGAGGGGCUUACACAGGAAGCUGCCUCACAGGCUUUUGACAGACAUACGGCAGAAUGAGAGCUCGGACAGCUCUCUGGGAGACAGUGAUGAGGAGGAGCCUUCACCCCGACAACCAUACACAGCAGCAGAGAUGCGAGAGCAUGAACUGCCCCUUCCGAGCUGUCAGACGGAGAGCCGCCCCAGUGUCAAUCAUUUUGGCCGCUCUCUGCUGGGAGGUUACUGUCCACAGUACAUGCCUGACUUUGCCCUGCACGGCAUCAGCUCUGACCAGCGGCUCAAACAGUGCCUCAUGGCCGACCUGGAGCACACAGUACUCCACCCCGCGCUGGACGAGCCGGUCGCAGAGGCAGUGUGUAUCGUGGCGGACACAGACCGGCUGUGUGUUCAGGUGGCCACGAGCCAGCGGCGUGUGUGUGAGCCAGGGCGGCUUGGAAGAGACGUGAUGGUCUCCAAUCUCAUACACACACUCCUUACGUCUGUUCUGCAGCUGCACACACUCAACAUUGCAGCAGACUUUUGUGUGAUGCACUUGGAGGAUCGAUUGCAGGAGAUAUAUUUUAAGAGCUGUUCUUUGGCAGAGUAUCUGAGAGGGCAGAGAAGAGUCCAUGUGAAAGAGCUGGGACUAGCACUGGGGAUUGAGUCCAGUGACCUUCCGUUACUUGCAGCAGUAGCCAGCACACACUCGCCCUACGUUGCCCAGAUACUUCUCUGAACAAGCUAUGGACGAAUUGCUUCACUAAACCGACCAAUCAGAAUGUGCUUCUGCUCACUACAGACCAAUAAGGCCCUGAUCGAAGUUUUAACACACCAGUCCGGGUUCAUCACUCGGACCAAUCAGAGCCCAGAUCCAGCCUUAGUCAGACCAAUCAGGAUUUUGCUCGUAGUCCUUGAAGACGGAUUGGGUCAGAAGUUUUACAUCCUCGCCAGCUGACUGGAUACAGAUGGAGUGUGAUAUGUCUGUGUGUCAGCUUUUUGCCUACACCAUUUCUACUGCCUUCAGACCCUGGAAUCCUCUAUAAUGAGACACUUGUUUACAGUCAAACUCUCUCUGUUUCAUAUUUGCAGUAUUUGUCAUUGUCUUACAUGUCUUGUCUUAAAGGGAGGAAUGAAAAUUUGUCAGGAUUGCUACUAGUCACUUCUUAAUGCAGUAUUAAAGAAAUUGCUUGGUCAAAAAUCAAAUUUACACACUUUUCCCUUAGCCUAAAUAUAGUUAUUCAGUCAGGAUAUGUGACUGAACGCUUUAUUUAGUUUUAUGCUGGAGAUACGAGGCUAAUGCAGCAACAUGCAGUGGUAGUUUAUACACCAGCAAUUAGCACUGCGCAAACAGCAAGCCCAAAAUAAUCACACUGGCCUCACACAGCUUGUUAUCACAUAAGCCAUCUUGAAGGCUCAAUUUUGUGUUACAGAUAACAGUAGGUCAUACAGUGCUGGAAACCUCAUUUGCAGCUCUAUUUGAGAUUACUUAAUGAUUCCACGCCGUUUGAGGCAAGUUCGUCAUAUUUCCACAGUGCUAAUUGGUGAGGUAUAGGCUUCCGUUACUUGUUAACUACAUAGGCCUCAUAGUUCCAUUACCAAACUAAAGAAGCAAAUUUCAGAUUAUUAUAUAAAUUAUUACUUUUUUUUUUUGCAAAACUGUCAUUGAGGCAGUGUGAACAGGAAAGCGAAAGUGGAGGCUAACUAGAAGAAUUAGAGUUAGUCUGUCCCUUCAGAAUGUUUGGGACAAUAUACAUUGUCUCAUUACCCAAGUAAGCAGCGUAUGACCACCUUUGAGAUGGACACAGAUGGAGGUGAUGUUCUGUAGUUCCAGUGCAUAUGCUGCCUGAAAUCCAUUGACCUCUGAAGGCACUAUUCUGUAGUCAGCGUCAUGCCCAUGUCAGGAAAAGCAGCUUUAUGCUGAAUUCUUUGUAGAUAACAUGAAUGCUGUUUUUGAAAACGGCUGCUGUCGUGCCCUGUGGUAAACAAAAAUGUUCUAAACCUGAGACAUGUUGUCCUGUGUACAUUUUUCCUCCAAAUGUUACAAGAUUCACUGAAUAAUGUGUUUGUUGAGUGGAAAUCCUUCUUUUUUUUACAUGCAAGCUAAAGCUAGCUCUUGCUGAGUUGACAAGAAAAGAAUCUCCCCUAAAUUCCCUACUCAUAUGAGUAGGCUUUGUUCAAUGUGCUAUUUAAAUUGCUUUAGCAAUAAUAGCCUAUAGUUUGAGCAGUUGUUGUUGAUAUACAUGUAAUAGUGUUUAAUAGGAGACUUGCUUUUAUGCAAUCUCAUGUCAAUGUGCCCAAGUGUUAACUUGCUUGUAGCUUGUAUGUAGCAUUAUCCAUGUGCUACAUGCAGGCUACACAGGGAAAAAGUCCAUGCUUUGGAACCUUUUUGUUUACUACAGAGCUCAAAUUCAGUCAUUUUUGAAAACACUAUUAAUUUUUCCAAAGGCAAAACCACCUUAGUAAGAGCAUGAUGCCAACUAUAGAAUGCCAUAUGAUUUCAGAGGUCUAUGCAAAGCUUCUAGAAUUUUCUUGAAGGAAUAGUUUGGCUAAAAAUCUAAAUUAAAACACUUUUCUGGUAACUCCAAAAUGGAGUUGAUCAGCCCUGAUGUUAAGAUUUAAGUUUGCUUCUUUAGUUUUGCGCUGGAGCUACAAGGCUAAUGAAGCUAACAAGUAAUGGAAGCUUAUGUGCAUAAAUUAGCAACCUAGACUUGCUUAAAUGGUUUCUAACACUGUAGGAUAUACUGUUAUCUAGAAAAAGGUACAAAAUGUAACAGUCCCUACAAGCAUGCCGUUUACACAGUGCUAAUUGCUGAGCUUCCAUUGCUUGUUAGCUAUAUUAGCCUUGUAGCUCCAGUGCAAACCAAAGAAGUAAACGCAGGACCCCAGGAGUGGCUGUGUUUAGGCUAAGUGCGACUUUGUGUAGAUUUUUAGCCAGACUACUCAUACAAGUCUGUCUUUCUUUUCAUUUUCUUAUCUUAACCAUUAUCAAAGAGUAUGCUCCAGAUAUGUAUUGAUGGUGAUAAACAUGACUGAAAAACAAAAUAAGACCUUUAUUUAAGGUUCUUGCUCUUUACACAGGAAUCACUAAAAGCAUGCUGGUUUACAGAAGCGUUUGCUUAGACUUUGAGUUUAUUGUUGGAUGCAAAUGGUGCAUGUCAAUAUGUUGACCAAGUUUACCCCACUGGAGCUGAUUUUUGUUUGUGUGGCUCCCCCUUGUGGGGGAACGGAGGUUUACAGGAUUCUUCACAGAAUCCACAAUAUAAAUGCUUUCGGAAAGAAUCUCUAAUUUGUAAGUUUGUGUAUGUAAGUAAUUACAAUGUUUUGGGUCCUCUGGAAUAAUCAUUCUGGAGUUCUUGUAAUUUCUCUACUGAGGUCUUAUUCAUAUGAGCAUCAAGUGGUCUUAUGUAAUGGCUCUUUCUGUAAGUGUGUGUUUUGUGUGUAGCUUCCAUCACAGCAAUAGGGGGGAAAUGUUUACGUAGCUAGACUGAUAGCUAAGCAGCAGUUAAAGCCCCAGGGAGCCCAAAUCUGUGUUUUCUUGCUAAGUAGGUUGAUCUUGCUCUUUUGGACACACAAUAAUACAUGCACAGUAUUGUGCAAGUAUGUGCUUUGAAGAACUUUCCAGUGCCCACUAAAUGGCCAAUGGAUUUUGCCUACAUUCUCCUUUCACACAGUAAACUGAGCAGUGCUAGUUUUGGGUAACACCAGUAAGUAGUGUCCUAAUAAUCACACGGCUGAUGUUGCUCCACCCAUCCACACAGCUUUAAUACAACUGUGUUUCCCAGCUGUCUCUCUGAGUCAGGAAAACGUAUGGCGAGAAAGCUAAAGACCAAGCGAAAGCUAACCUAGCAAGCAUACUGCAAUCCCAGACCUCCUAGUACGGCAUAUCCACUCAUCUGUUUUCACUUUAUUAACCGCCUUUUACUAUUGUCCAUGUGUUGAUGGUGUGUUAGUUUGGGUUGUGCUGGUACGAGUGGAUCAGACACAGCAAUGCUGCUGGAGUUUUUAAACACUGUGUCCACUCAAUGUCCACUCUAUAAGACACUUCUACUUUGCUGGUCCACCUUGUAAAGUCAGAGACAGUAGCUCAUCUGCUGCACAAUUUGCACUGGUCAUCCUUCAGUCCUUCAUCAUUGUCACAGGACAAUGUUUUUGGCUCGUGGACACAGUCCAGCAGUGACACUGAGGUGUUUAAAAACUCCAGCAGCACUGCUGUGUCUGAUCCACUCAGACCAGCACAACACACA